GGCGCUUAGCGGCCGCGACGGACGCAAGAUGGCGACGGCAACCAUAGCUCUCCAAGUCAAUGGCCAGCAAGGAGGGGGGUCCGAGCCAGCAGCAGCAGCGGCGGCGGCGGCGGCAGUGGUGGCAGCGGGAGACAAAUGGAAACCUCCACAGGGCACAGAUUCCAUCAAGAUGGAGAAUGGGCAGAGCACAGCCGCCAAGCUGGGACUGCCUCCUCUGACGUCAGAGCAGCAGGAGGCCCUCCAGAAGGCCAAGAAAUACGCCAUGGAGCAGAGCAUCAAGAGUGUACUAGUGAAGCAGACCAUCGCGCACCAGCAGCAGCAGCUCACCAAUCUGCAGAUGGCAGCUCAGCGGCAGCGGGCACUGGCCAUCAUGUGCCAGGUCUACGUGGGCUCCAUCUACUAUGAGCUAGGGGAGGACACCAUUCGCCAAGCCUUUGCCCCCUUUGGCCCCAUCAAGAGCAUUGACAUGUCCUGGGACUCCGUCACCAUGAAACAUAAGGGCUUUGCCUUUGUGGAGUACGAGGUCCCAGAAGCUGCACAACUGGCCUUGGAGCAGAUGAACUCAGUGAUGCUGGGGGGCAGAAAUAUUAAGGUAGGCAGGCCCAGCAACAUAGGGCAGGCCCAGCCCAUCAUAGACCAGCUGGCAGAAGAGGCACGGGCCUUCAACCGUAUAUAUGUAGCCUCUGUGCACCAGGACCUCUCAGACGAUGACAUCAAGAGUGUAUUUGAGGCCUUUGGCAAGAUCAAGUCUUGUACACUAGCUCGGGACCCCACAACUGGCAAACACAAAGGCUAUGGCUUCAUUUCUACGGUGAUGGUUCUCCGUAACAUGGUGGAUCCCAAGGACAUCGACGAUGACCUGGAGGGAGAGGUGACAGAAGAGUGUGGCAAGUUUGGUGCUGUCAACCGUGUCAUCAUCUACCAGGAAAAGCAGGGUGAAGAAGAGGAUGCAGAAAUCAUCGUCAAGAUUUUUGUGGAGUUUUCCAUGGCCUCAGAGACUCACAAGGCCAUCCAGGCCCUGAAUGGGCGCUGGUUUGCAGGCCGCAAAGUGGUGGCUGAAGUGUAUGACCAAGAGCGUUUUGAUAACAGCGACCUCUCUGCGUGACUUUGGCCCUGUUUCCUGGACUUGUACUUGCUCCUCGUUUCCUUCGGGUUUUAUAGUGAUACAGUGGUGUCCCUGGGACCAGGCACUCUGCCCAGCCCAGCCUGUAGUGUGUAUAAAGGUGCAGAUGCUGCUGGCCCU